UUUUUUUUUCUCCUUUUGAAUUGAUUUCUUUGUUUGAAUUUGGAUAAUUGUUUCAGAUUAAGGCUUUGUCUGAUUGCUGAGAAAAAAAGAAAAAAGAUUGAAUUUUGAAGAUUAUGUUUGUUAAUUUUUUAGCACGGCGUUAAAUCAAUUUUUCCCCAAGUUAAAGUAAGAUUUAAGUUGGAAUCUUAUUAUUUCUUCUUUCGUUGCGGGCAAACAUUAGUUUUCUUUCAUUUAGUAUAAAUUUGUCGAACUGCUUAAAUUUAAGGCUAAUUUCUCAAACUCGAUUUGUCCUUUUGGAUUAAGUGAACCCAGUUAUUAUUUUGUUUAGUUACUGAAUUUCAUAUUGUUUUUCAUGAAGUUCCUCUGUUCUUCUCAGUAGCCUGACUUUUCAGGCUAUUUUUUUAUUUUUCACUUUUUGAGAAGGUUUAAAGUUGCAUGUAAAUUAAUGAAACAGUGAAGAGGAUUAUUUUGUUUGGCUUCUAAUGCGUUGUGGUUUGAUUAUUUGUUCUGUGAAUUUGGAAAACGGAGGUGAAGGGAGGAUUUGGAUUUUAAAUAUGAAGGAAGUUGCAUACAGUUCGAGUGCAGGCUGAAAGAUUUGGAGGAAUGUCUGACUUGCACAUGUUUGAGUUAUGACCACUAAAUUUCUGUAACUGUUGCUACAGCUUGAGGAUAUAGUUUGGGAUGAUUUUUGCCAGAGUGAUGAUCAUAUAGUGCCCCAUCCUGGGGACGAACAGGCUGAUGAAAAUCCUUUUCAAGAUAGUAGGCUUAAGAGACCUCGCCUGGAAGUAACUGGUAUUUCAAAUAAUUCUGGAGAUAGAUCCGCCACUACAAAUAUUGGUCAGGAUAAAGAUCAUGGAGACUUUUCAAAUUUAAGUAACCGAAGGAACACAAUGUUGGAAAAAGACUCAUUGUCUAUCACACCCAAUGCUGUCUUCCUUUCUUCCUCUGAUAGUGACUUGGUCAAAGAAGUAGCAUCUGAAAAUGCCAAAAUAUCAGGUCAUGGCUUCAAAAGCAAUAAUACAGACACCAGUGGUAGUGAGUUUGGUGUAGAUGAUCUCAUUCUUAAUGACAAAAGCACUGUGGUUGAUGGCAACUCUUACAGUUAUACACUUGGUGACAUUUCUCAAACAGACCAUGAUCUCAAUUUCUUUGACAAGAAUCCUGAGGACAAAGAUUCCAGUGAUUUCUUGUAUUGCGAUUGGCCUGAAAUUGGAAAUUUUGAGGAUGUUGACAGGAUAUUUAGGUGUGAUUCGACAUUUGAACUUGGUGCCGGUAAAGAAGAUGAAUUGGGUUGGUUUUCAUCACAAGAUGCUAUAGGAGGGUCUGACGAUGUGCCAAAAUCAGAUUUUAAGUUUUCAUGUUCCCAGUCAAAUGCAUUGGAAAAUACAUCAGAGAAACAUAACUUCUUUAUGCAAAAUGCUAGCUAUUCUGUGAACGAUUCUGCAUUUAAAAGUGGAGCGGUUAGACACAAAGGUGGUUCUUGGUCUUCAGAUAUUCAUGAAUGUGUUAAGCAUCUGGCUUUUGUGAACGGACCUUCUAGCUCGGAUAGCAAAGAUAAAUUUAUGCCUAAAGGACAGGUCCAUGAGCAGAAAAAGCAGUCAAAACACCAAAACCAGUCUGGUGGAAAAAGAAAAGAACAUCACGGUGGAAAUGUCAGUUCUUUUAAUUAUAAUAGUAACCCGCCAAAUGAAGUCAUGCAGCUUGAUUCUGGGGUCACAUCUAAUCGAAGUUUCACAUCUGCGGGUAUUCGAAAGCAACAAAAAUAUCUGGAUCCAGAUUCCUCUGGUCACCUACGGAAUACUGUUUCUUUUGUGCAUUCUGAUAAUAGUCAUCUAUCAGAUCAAACUUCAGUACAUCCAACUGUAUCGGCUAUAAAAUCUGAGAAUAAUUAUUUAACACCUCUUUCUAAGAGGAAGUUCUUCUCUGCAUCCAGUCUAGUUCAAUCGGUGGAGAAUCCUCAUGAUCCUUCUUCUGUUUCAGUAGAGUCUCAAGCACGUUCUUCCAUGGAUAAAUUUGAAAAUCGCAGUGUUGUUGAAGUCAACAUGGUUAAACCAGGAGAAUUUGGUUCCUCAAAUGUGCAGGAGGGAUCAUCCAUGAGUUCAGGGUUGGAUGAUAUUCCACAAGAAGCAACUAGUAUUCGGCAUCUUCAGCUUGUCAUGGAACAGUUGGACUUGAGGACAAAGCUAUGCAUAAGGGAUAGUCUGUACCGUUUGGCUCGGAGUGCCGAACAAAGACAUAACCAUGCAAACCCCAGUAACGGUUGUGAAGAUGACAGAGAUGCCAAUGGAGCACUGAUGGCUGAAGGAACAAACAAGUGUGCUGGAUUUUUGGAUAUGGAAACCAAUACAAAUCCUGUAGAUCGCUCAGUUGCGCACUUGCUGUUCCACAGGCCCUCAGACUUGUCCGUGAAACCUGCCCAUGAUUCAUGGGCAUUCAAGUCACCUAGCACGGUUCAUGGAUCUAUAAAUAGCCCCCAUGUAGUGCCUCAGACAGUACUUAACCAUCAAGAAAGCGUUGUUGAAACAGAGAAAAAAAGGCUGACUGCCGACUACACCUAAGAAACAGCUUCAGCUAAAUAUAUGAUGCCCUUUUGAAAACACCAUGUUCAUGAUUAUGUAUUAAAUAUUCAAGCCACUCAUCAUAGAUACCUAAUUUUUACGUGACUCUAAUAUUGUAUCCUCGUGAGUAUAGUUUGCAAUCUAUCACGUUUCGAAUCAUUGUAUUAGUUUCUGCUUAAGCUAUUUAACUUCCCACAUUUAACUGA